AUGGCAGGAGGCGAGGAUGGAAGGCCGCUGGUGGGCACGCGGUACGGUAAACUGCUCGGCAAAACGGUGACGGUCAAAGAUGCGGACAGAGCGGUGCACGCCUUCUAUGGGGUCCCCUUUGCUAAGCCUCCGGUGGGACCACUACGCUUUGCAGCGUCAGGACCUCCAGACGGGUGGAAUGGGGUGAGAGAGGCCACCGAACAGCCUCCCAUGUGUCUACAGACCUUAGAAGCAAUGGAAAGUAUGAUAGAUAUGAUCAAAGCCACAAUCAAGCUCCCAAAUGUAUCCGAGGAUUGCCUGUACCUCAAUGUCUUCACUCCGGCUGACCGCGGACAGGACGCCAAACUACCCGUGAUGGUGUUUAUUCAUGGAGGCGCAUUAAUUGUGGGAGGAGCCGUGAUGUUUGAAGGUUCUGCGCUGAGCGCCCAUGAAAAUGUCUUAAUUGUUACCAUCCAGUACCGCCUGGGGAUUCUGGGAUUCUUCAGCUCCGGUGACAACCAAGCUCUAGGAAAUUACGGAUUCCUGGAUCAGGUGGAGGCGCUGCGCUGGGUGCAAGAGAACAUCGCAGAUUUCGGAGGUGACCCUGACUCUGUCACUAUAUUUGGAGAGUCCGCUGGAGGGAUCAGUGUCUCUGCAUUGGUCUUGUCUCCACUAGCCAAGGGCUUGUUCCACCGAGCCAUCGCUGAGAGUGGUGUGGCUCUUGUUCCGGGUCUGAUUACCAAUUCUGAUGAGGAGACCAGCUUUGUGCGGAAUAUAAUCGCCAACAUUUCUGGCUGUGAUGUGGCGUCAUUGGUGGACUGUCUGAAGGCAAAAUCUGAAGAGGAAAUCCUUUCCAUAAGUGCUAAUUUCUUGCCAAUACCAGCCUGUGUGGAUGGAGUUUUCCUGCCUAAACCUGCAGAAGAGAUAUUGGCUGCCAAAGAAAACAACAAAGUGCCAUUUAUCAUCGGCGUGACGGAGCAGGAAUAUGGCUGGAUUGCCUCACAGGUAGGAAACCCACCAAGUUGGCAGCCAAGGUGGGUGGAAGUUGCAAACCUGAAUCUGAUUUGGUCUUUGCUGUGUGUGCAGGGCGAGAUAUCUAGUCUGGAUUACACAUUGUUGGAUGAAUACUUUGGGAACACGGACGACCCUCAGGAAAACCGAGAUCAGCUUCUAGAACUCCAAGGAGAUGUCAUGUUUGUCAUUCCGUCACUAAAGAUAGCAAAACUUCACAAUUCCGGAUCCAACGUCUUCUUCUAUGAAUUCCGGCACCGUCCGUCCUUUUUUCAGAAGAGUAGACCAAAGUGGGUGAAGGCCGAUCACGGUGAUGAAAUGGUCUUUGUGUUCGGAGUUCCCUUUAUGACAGACGGCUCUCUCAACAAAUCAUAG